CCAAACACAAACUUAUUCCCGUGUAGACUGUGCCAUUCAGUGUUUCGAUUAAUGUGCAGUAACCUUGUAAAAUUCCAGGUGAACUGAUUUAAAAAAUAAUAAAUACAUUGAAUAUUUGCCCAAUUUAAAAAAUGAGUUCCCAACAAGAAACUUAUAAGCUGACAUAUUUCAAUUUCCGUGGACUUGCGGAACCGAUUCGGUUAAUGUUUGCGUAUGCUGGGAUCGCCUAUACGGACGAUAGAGUCGCCCAGGAUGACACUUGGCCGGAGAAAAAAUCAAGUCUCCCGUGGGGUACGCUCCCCGUUCUGGAGGUGCGUCCUGGUAAAACGGGGGAUUCCUUCGUGCUCGCUCAGGCCGCCGCGAUUGGAAGAUUUCUCGCUAAAAAAUUCGGACUAGAUGCCAAAACUGAGGAAGAUGUGGCCAAAUGUGACGAGUAUGUGGACGCCUUGAAAGACUUUCAGCUAGAGUUCGUCACCUGGUUCCGUGCAACCGACGCUACAGCAAAAUCGGUAAAAAUUCUGGAAAUUAAGGAAAAACAUGCCCCCUCAUAUUUUGGAAAGUUUGAAGCUAUUCUCGACCGAAACAAGACGGGUUGGCUGGUCGGCGACUCAUUGACGUGGGUCGACAUCUACGCCGCGAAUCAUCUCUCAAACUUCGCCAACUUUUUGAGCUCUGAUGAUAAAGAUAUUUUGCAAGAGGCUUAUCCAAAUUUGGGAAGCUUUGUGAAGAAGGUUUUCGCACUGAAUGGAAUUGCAAAAUGGAUCAAGGAACGACCUGAAACACCUUUUUAAAAUGUACCCGUCCACGAAUUGCAUACACAUAUAAAUACAAUAUUGAACAUUUUUUUUAAUUGGAUGCUUACAUAAUUAAUAUAUGCAAAAAUUAUCUCAUUACGUGGAAACUUUGUCAUUAAUAGGAAAUACAUAAUAUGUAGUUCAAUUAGAUGUAUAUUACAUACACAUUAACACAUUGUGCUUGCAUUUCGUAUGUACAUAGCGUUUGCUGUGCAAUUAAAAUUUAAAUAAAUUAAAUCGCAUGGAA